AAAAAAUCAGACUAUCGAAAGUUUAAUUUUUAAGUCUAAUAUUUCCAACUACUUAUAAUUGUCUAAAUAUAAAGCAAAAAGUAUAAACAAGAUAAUUAAGGUUAUGGGUUAGGUCUACUUUUGCUGAAAAAUGACUAUGAUACUGAAAUCAUUUUCUUUAAUGGCAGUAUUAAUUUAGUAAAAUAUAUUUUUUUUCUCAAAAAGAAGUCAGUGAAUAUGUAUUAGGAUAAAAUAAGUAAAGGUAAGAAUCUAUUAUCCCUUAAAAACUUACAUACUGUCCCCAGUUAUAUGCUUUCCCUAUUAAAUGUGGAUAUAAGAAAUUUGGCAACAAUUUUGUUAAAAAAUUAUUUAACACCCAAUAAAAGGAGACAGCUAUUUGAAUUUAUGAUUCUUCAGUAAAAGAAGACAUUUUUAAUGAAAUAACUGGUUCUCUACUGAAGUGGGAAAUGAACAAGAUGACUAGAGGAUAAUUUGUUAAGCCAGAAUGAAGGAAGUAUUUUAAAUUAUGGAUUAAUAAUUUUAUAUGGGAAAUAACUUGGAAAUAUCACCUUAACCAAUGAUCCACCAAUCCACCAAUUGAAUAUCACCGGUACUGGGACAAAUUAACAUUAUCUGUGCAUAAUGAAAGGCAUUAAGAAGAUCAUAUUUUUCCUGCCAAAAUAUUUGACUCUGAACUAAAGCAUGGACAAUUAAUGGAAAUUUUCAAUUAAGAGACAUUAUACAAAACAAGAGCUCAUACUGUUAAAAAAUAUCAGUGUCAAGGCAAGAAAGACUAUUUAAGACUAGAAGAAAUUAGCAUUAUAUGUAAUACUAGAUUUGAAUCUUAGACUACAUUGGCAGAAAAUGCUUUAUUUAGAAUAGUGCAUCAUGCUAAUGUUACGGCUCUUUAUUUUGGUAAUUAUGGUGAGAUUAAAUUAGUGAAUAUUCAUGUUAUUGAAAACAAUCAAAAGAAUUUAGGGAUAAAUUGUCAAUGUGUGAAUAUGAUUGUAUUUUUCUCAUAUGUGGUCUACAGAAAAUGAAUACUACAUACAUACAGAAAAAAUAAAUUAUAAGGCAAACAUGAAAAAAAUUGUAUUAAUCUGUAUACUAGAUUUGUUUAUAAUCCCUGGUACUUACAUGAAAUUUUGAAUUACUAAAAAAUAAAAAGUAAAAAACAGAAAGGCAAAGUAACAUUGGAAAAAUAAAAAACUCAGUGAAAUAGGGACAAGUACACAGGCACCCUCAGAUAAAUAACUCCAGUUUUCAUUGCUAUCCAGAUCUGAUUUGCCAUCACACUUCAGUCCUUUACACACAGACUCAUUUACAAUGGAGGGCAACCAGUCAUGGAUCACAGAAUUUAUCCUGGUGGGAUUUCAGCUCAGGGAAGAGAUGGAAUUGCUUCUCUUCGUUAUCUUCUUCCUACUAUAUAUCUUCAACCUGCUGGCAAAUGGCAUGAUCUUGGGGCUCAUUUGCCUCGACCUCAAACUGCACUCCCCUAUGUACUACUUCCUUUCUCAUCUGGCCGUUAUUGACAUGUCUUAUCCUUCUAGCAGUCUGCCCAAUAUGCUGGAAAACCUAGUGAAACACAAAAAAACUAUCUCCUUUGACUCAUGCACUAUGCAAAUGGUUUUCAGUUUGGCUUUUGGUUCUGUUGAGUGCCUGAUUUUGGUGGUGAUGUCCUAUGACAGGUAUGUGGCGAUCUGCCAUCCCCUCCGGUACACUGUCAUCAUGAAUUGGAAACUAUGCAUAGUCCUGGCCAUCACUUCCUGGGCAUGUGGGUUUUCCCUGGCUCUGGUACAAGUUUUUCUCCUGCUAAGAUUGUCUUUCUGUGGGCCCCAGAAGAUAAACCACUUCUUCUGCGAGUUUAGAUCUGUUCUUAAAGUGGCCUGUGGUGAUACUUGGAUCAGUGAAAUUUCCCUCUUUGCUGAUGGUGUGUUCAUAUUAGUUACACCCAUUUCCCUGGUGCUGGUCUCCUAUGUGCGCAUACUCUGGAGUGUCCUGAAGAUCCAGUCAAAGGAGGGCCGCAAGAAAGCCUUUUCCACCUGUUCUUCCCACCUCUGCGUGGUUGGGUUCUACUUUGGCCUAGCCAUGAUAGUUUACAUGGUCCCUGACAACAGUAAACAAGAGGAGCAGCUUAAAAUCCUUUUCCUAUUUUAUACCCUCUUCAACCCAUUGCUGAACCCCCUCGUCUACAGUCUAAGGAAUGCUCAAGUGAAGGCUGCCUUCUACAGAGUAUUGCAGAUAAAUACGACAGUGUGAAGGAGCAUAAAAUUUUGAUUCACCAGAAUUUUCCACCUUAACAGAUGUGGUUUGCUUGUCCAAAAGAACUCAAGAAAGUUCCACAAAGAAUAGAACAUGAUUUAGUGAUGAGAAUUACUCAAGUGUAACAUUAGUAAGUUGGCAGAAUAUGAAUAGCUAAGCCCUCAUUACUUCAUGGAGACAAGGCUAUACAGGCCAAGUCUCCUUUGUGAAAACACCAGAAAUCAGAUAAUAGGUUGCAGCAGACCAUAUAAGAACAAAGCUAAGAAGAGAUACAGUAAGUGUUAGGCAAAUGUAUGACAUUUUACCCAUCACUUCUUCCCCCUGGCACAGUGUGUUAGGAUAUGGAGCAAACUCCCAAUUCUUAGAUUUCCCUCAAGAGGGAAAGAGAAGAAUGGACCAUGCAUACUACUUUCAAGCUUUCAGGGAGUGGCCUGAGGGUUUGUUUUCUAUAAUGACUGAUUCAGAGGAAUGAUGGGAAUGGCAGUUUGGACUCCCUGUUGGGGCCACUGAGAAACGUGAUGAGCUCUCCAACUUUCUAUGGCUGUGCAGAGAUUUUUUUUUUGAAUUUUCACAAUUCUCAUAGAUCUGGUAUCUCAUUUUAACAUGAAAUUCCCUUGUGUUAUUUUACAUUAGUUUUUUUUUGCAGUUAUUUCCUUGCCAUCUGUAUCUUCUUGGGUGAGCCAUCUCUUUGCAUCUUUUGCCCUUUUUAAUGUAAUAAACUAUAAAAAUUUUAGAGUCAUAGCAAAAUUGAAUGGACGAUACAGAGGUAGCCCACAUACCCUCUGCCUCCACACAUGUGUAACUUCCCCAACUAUCAACAUACAGCCCACAGAGUAAUAUGUUAAUUAUUAUUCAUAAACCCCUAUGAACACAUUAUUAUUUCCCAACAUCCAGGGUGUACUUUAGAAUUCACUCAUGGUGUUGUAUAUUCUAUGUGUUUGGACUAGCAAAAAAUUAUAUCUACAGUUAUAUUGUCAUACAGUAAUUUUGCUGCCAUAAAAAUCAUCUCUUCCAUCCUCCCUCUUACAAAUCCUUGUCAACCACUGCUCUCUUAAUUACCUCCAUAGUUUUGGCUUUUCAGAGUGUCGCAUAGUUGGAUUAUAAAGUAUGUAGUUUUU